ACUCAGCUGGGAAUCUCUGAUCAAUGGGUACCGUGUGGGCUUGGGCUGGCCCAUUUGUUGACGUAAUGAGGCGCGCGCCACGGAAGACGGGGUAACAGGUGAAACGUAACAAUGGCGGCCACGGAGAUCGUAACUAGUCAAGUUAGGGAAGGAUGGGGAACUGGAGAGACAGAUCACAGGGCAAAAUCGAGGAGCAAGCAGUACCUUACCGAGUUCGGCGGCGAUUCGCUAACGGCAGGUUUCAGCAAGGACCUGCUGCAGUUUUACGGCAAGGCGAAUGCCGAAGAUAAGCGGCGUUGCUUGGAGCUUCUCACUUCCCUCUCCAUCGGAGAAGAGCUAACCAAGCACGCAGCAGCUAAGAAACCAGCACGGCCCAAAGGUCCAAAGCUACAGAGGCCGAAGACGGCCAUGGCGUCUUUAGGUCGUAGCGGCGCUCCGCAGGUGAAGCGUACAAUGACGACAUACCGGAGAGAUUUUCCAGGAGUCAUUGCUCCUCCUGCGCCGCAAGCAAGGCCGAAAUCUACGGAUGGUCUAUACAAGGCUUCGUAUGAGCUGAAUGGACCCGUAGGAACACCAACAUACAACAAGGAGUUCUACAAUAAGGGCUACUGUAGACCCCAACUUAUACGAUCAGGCACUUCCUCGGGAGAUAGGCGCAAUAAUCCACACCCAUUUGAGUCUUUCAUGGUUUGGCGGUUCCCUAAGCAUGUACCUAAGGACCAACAAAUCUACCCAGGCGAGAUCACUGAUCAAAUGAUGGAAGAAGUACUACGGGACAAGUGCAAGUCAACCUAUCAAAAUGACUAUCUGGGCGUUCCCCAAGGUUAUCAGAUGCAAUCGGCAUUUGAGAAUUACGUGGACUGGCGGGAGAAGGUCCCGUUCAGUCUCGCCUCAACCAUGCGGUUUUCGUAUCAGUUUCCCAAACAACAAGAUCUACUUCGAGGAAACAACAGUCGAUACGGGUGCAAUAAAGACAAACAUUUAAAGGCUUCCGGCAUUGUUCCUUUGUCCUCAACCCAUCAGAAGCAUCUGCGGCGGCACACGACGUACGAUCGCUUCUUCAACAAGCCGUUCCGUCCCGGUAUGGUGGAAGUGUCCAAGGCACUGGAUGCCGGCAAACUGGACGAGUAUCUACAACUGGCAUCUGAAAAGGAGCGUGAUGUCCUGCAGAAAAUGCUAGAAUCCAUGGCCAAAUGUGAGCAACCAAGGCCGCCUUCAGCAUCUGGAUCUCGACCGAAGUCGGCCACUUCUACGAGACCAGCCAAUUUGUCUUGGAUCUCCAACUGGAAUGGACCCGCGUAGACAUCAGAAUGUUGCAAUAUUUUUUUCUAGUGGUAUACAGGUUUAUUUUUAAAUUAAAUUAGCUUUAAAAAGUUACAGUUACUUUGACUCUGACUCCUUGUAGAGUCUUUCACAGGUGAGCUUUGAUCAUCUGAAGGCAGCUUUGCAGAAUUCUAACAUUAGGAUUUAAUAUUAAGUGUGAAUUAUAUCAUCAACAUCUGGAUCGCUUAUUGACAAAUUGCUACAAUUUCACCUCGUAACUGGAAAGUAUUUUAUUCGUGGGUAUAUUUAUUACAAAAGCAGCCGCAGUUGAUGAUAAUGUGAAAAUGAGUACUGGGGGGGUUCACUUGUCUGUGUAAGUUCAUUAAAGGUAAUAGUAUGCCCUAAACUGAAAAGAAACCAAGAAUACCAUCUCAACAGCAGUACAUUUUCCCAGUUUAACCUGGAUUUCGUUCAAUUGGUGCCACUCCAGGCGAGAGACAAAGUACCAGGGCACAGGUGGUCUUGCUGAAAUGUUUUUAGUGUGACAGUAUUUGUAGACCUACCGACUAAGACAUUUUUCACAGUAACCAACUAAAUAACGAGUGUAAUGUGUGUUCAGAAGUUUUUAUUCUGCAAUACCAUGAAAAGUAGUAAUAUUAAGUUUCUGAUGUAAUAUAAUAAUAUUGAAAAACAUACAGCUAGAUUGCGAGGCUCAAAUCUGCAGACUGCCUGCCUUUUAGACUAUUCUUGUGUGUGGACUGAGCUUUAUUCCCUUUCAUUUUAUCCUGCGGUACAUUUGGAUUUAGAAUGUGUGCACAGCAUACGGUUUGACACAUGCUUCAAAGAUUUGAUUGAAAAUAAAUCAAUUGUGAGCAAAAACA